CGCUUCUUCCUCUGUCUGUCCGUCUGUCUGUCUGCCCGCAUCACGCCGUGCGCAGAGCAUAAAAACUGAACACCAUCCUCUUGUUCUGCUCGCUCUGUGCUUCCUCUCUGCAGAAACAUGACCGAAAGCGACGUUCAUCACCGCGCUGAAAAGCAGCAGAACGGAGGCGCCAUGGCGGAAACAUCGACCGUGGACGAUGUUUUUGACGACACCUAUAGAGAAAAGGAGGGGAAGAAGCCAGCGAGGAUCCUGGUGUGGAGAAAUAUCAUCAUGAUGAGUUUACUGCACAUUGGAGCGCUUUAUGGACUGCUUCUCAUCCCUUCCGCAUCGUGGUUAACUCUGGGAUGGACUGCAGUUUGCUACAUGAUCAGUGCCCUCGGUGUGACUGCUGGUGCGCACAGAUUAUGGAGCCACAGGUCCUAUAAGGCUUCUUUCCCCCUGAGAGUCUUCCUGGCUCUUGGCAACUCUAUGGCAUUUCAGAAUGACAUUUACGAGUGGGCCAGAGACCAUCGCGUCCACCACAAGUACUCUGAGACAGACGCAGACCCUCACAACGCUAAACGGGGCUUCUUCUUCUCCCACAUUGGUUGGCUGCUGGUCCGCAAACAUCCCGACGUCAUUGAAAAGGGCCGGAAGUUGGACCUGGGAGAUCUGAGGGCGGAUCCAGUGGUGAUGUUUCAGAGGCGGUACUACAAGCUUUCUGUAGUGUUGCUCUGCUUCGUCGUUCCCACAGUCGUACCCUGGUACUUCUGGGGGGAGUCCUUGGCUGUGGGUUAUUUUGUUCCUGGACUUCUGAGGUUCACCGUGGUGCUCAAUGCAACCUGGCUGGUCAACAGCGCUGCGCAUAUGUGGGGCAACAGGCCAUAUGACAAGACCAUUAACCCAAGGGAAAAUCCAUUUGUGGCCCUUAGUGCCAUAGGGGAAGGCUUCCACAACUACCAUCACACAUUUCCCUUUGAUUAUGCUACAAGCGAGUUUGGCUGCAAGAUCAACAUCACCACUGCCUUUAUCAACCUCAUGUGCUUUUUGGGGCUGGCCAGAGAUCGCAAGAGCGUUUCCAGGGACAUGAUCGCCGCUCGCAUUCAGCGAACGGGUGAUAGCAGCUACAAAAGUGGCUGAAUAAGACGGGAGCAGCCAUGCUACAAACUCUCUCAGCGAUCCAACAUGCCGAACCGAGACAGAGUAGCAAGGAGUGCAGCAGCGUUUCACCGGUGCGGUGGCGAUUACCACGCUUCUUUGUGAGACUCAUAUUGGCUUCAAAGAGUUGUUUCCAUUAAAAGUUGUGAAUCUCUUUUGAGUUUUGAAGUGUCUUCAACAAGUGUUUGCUACUAGUAGAGAUCUGACUACAUGUGCAAAACAGCUUUUUUUUCAUCAUUAUAUUGAAGUGUCUUUAAGAGAAUGGAUGUAUUAUUUUUGAGCAGAUGAAAACGGCAUCAACAAGAAUAUGAAAACGUAAAAAGUGUGUAAAGCUAUGUGUAGAGGCAGUAAUUACUGAAUAUUUUUCUGCACAUUAUAUAUAUCAUUUGCUUGUUAUUAAUCGACUUUUGGCACUUUGGAAACUUUAAACCUUUAUGGUGUCUCUGCAAGAAAAACUGAAGUCACUUUGCUUUAGGUCCGUGGUGCUCUGAUGCACCUGAUAAGAUGUGGACUUUAACCUAUUAUGAGUAGGUUAUUUUUGCUAAGGUUUGAAUUUAUUUGUGGUAAUUAAGGAAAAAUUAGGCCUUGAAAGAAGAAAAAUUAAUGCAGUCAAGCCUUCAUUGGACUUCUGUUAUUUGUGGUCCUGGAAGAGGGCAGCUCUAAAGUGUCAACAAUAGGGAUGCUUGGCCUCUCAUAGUGUCUGGUUUUCUCUUAAUUUAGGAUCAAGUUGUCUGACAUUUAUGCUUUUUUUUGGUCUGCUUUGUAGAAAACAAGAAGACCAUAUAAGUCUCCAUCCUUUACCCUGCCCUUUAAAGAGCAGCAUUUUCUCUUGAAUAAAAGAAAAGUCCUUUGAGUUAUUAAUGUUCUCCAUUUCAAUAAAAAAAAGACCCACAAGACAUGAAGUAAGCUCAUUAUUUGUUGUUUUUCCCAAUGUGUCGCAGUAUUGAAAUGCUUGGCCCAAAUGCCUUAUGAUGGUUGUGUAUCUCCUUAAAGCUCAUAGUGCAACAUAUACAAAUAAAGCAGGGCUAAUAACAUGCUUGGUUUCUUUUUGCUUUUAAGCAGCAAUUAUAAACCCUGUCAGCUCUGUUUGUUUAAAAUGAAAUAAAAAAAUUUAAAAAAUCACCCUUUCACCAAACAAGAAUUUGCAUAAAAAUAAAAACUUUUUAUGACAUUUUUGAAAGUACCAUUGUAAUAUUUGUCAACUUUUCUCUAUAACAAAGCAACACUUGUAUUGUGUUGGGAAAUGGCACUUUGAUUUCAAAUGAAUGUUUUGUAUCUACUGUAUGUAAGAUGAAUA